CAAACAUAAAAGCCCGGCCCACCAGCUGAGGCGGUCAGGCAUCAACUCGAAAACGACAAAGGGAUUUGCGUUUUAACCUUCCACGUGUCCUACUGCGUGAUUCACACCUCCCCUACUCGAUAAACCCUCUCCCAUGCCCGUAUGUAUACGCUAUCACCGUCUCUCACACAAUCAACGGUGCGCCAUGGCCUCCAAGCUUUUCGCUGCCGCUCUCCGCCGCUCCACCAUCACCACAACAGCCAACCUUUGCAUCCGCCCUCUUUCUACUGCUGCAGCAGCUGCCACGUUGGAGCCUCAAGAGGACCCUACGAGGACCGGCAUAGUAGUGAAAGGGGUUCAGAUCUCCGGGCGGCCACUCUACCUCGACAUGCAGGCCACCUCGCCUGUGGACCCGCGGGUUCUCGACGCUAUGCUUCCUUACUAUGUCUCCCUCUAUGGCAACCCACACUCCCGGACUCACCUCUAUGGAUGGGAGUCGGAGAAUGCCGUCGAGACCGCCCGCUCGCAGGUCGCUGACCUGAUUGGCGCCUCUCCUAAGGAGAUCAUCUUCACCUCCGGCGCUACCGAGUCCAAUAAUAUCUCCAUCAAAGGAGUGAUGCACUUCUACAAGGACAAGAAGCGUCACGUAAUCACCACUCAGACGGAGCACAAGUGCGUCCUUGAUUCCUGCCGCCAUCUCCAGCAGGAGGGCUUCGAGAUUACCUACCUUCCUGUUGGCAGCGACGGCCUUGUGGACUUGCAGAAACUACGGGACGCAAUCAGGCCUGACACCGGUCUGGUUUCCGUGAUGGCAGUGAAUAACGAGAUUGGCGUGAUUCAACCGCUCGAAGAAAUCGGAAAAAUCUGCAAGGAAUUCAAAAUUCCCUUCCACACUGACGCCGCUCAAGCUUUGGGAAAGAUCCCAGUUGAUGUUGACAAAUGGAAUGUUAGCUUGAUGUCCUUGAGUGGCCACAAGAUAUACGGCCCUAAAGGCGUUGGUGCUCUGUACAUAAGGCGGCGGCCUCGUGUUCGGGUGGAGCCCCAAAUGAGCGGCGGAGGACAAGAGAGAGGUUUAAGGAGUGGAACUGUGCCUACCCCGUUGGUUGUUGGGUUUGGUGCUGCUUGCGAGAUUUCAGCCCAGGAGAUGGAGUAUGAUGACAAGAGGAUUGGGGCCUUGCAGGAGAGACUGCUGAAUGGAAUUAGGGCUAAGCUAGACGGAGUUGUGAUGAAUGGGAGCACUGAGAGUCGAUACGCAGGGAAUGUGAACCUAUCAUUCGCAUAUGUGGAAGGAGAGAGCUUGUUAAUGGGGCUAAAGGAAGUGGCUGUGUCUAGUGGGAGUGCAUGCACCAGUGCAAGUUUGGAGCCCUCAUAUGUUUUGAGGGCUCUUGGAGUGGAUGAGGAUAUGGCUCAUACCUCAAUUAGGUUCGGUAUUGGGAGGUUCACCACGGAGGAAGAAAUCGAUAGGGCAGUCGAGCUCACAGUGAAGCAGGUAGAGAAGUUGAGAGAGAUGAGCCCACUCUAUGAAAUGGUAAAGGAAGGGAUUGAUAUCAAGAAGAUACAAUGGACGCAGCACUGAUUGACUGAAGGGUUAAAGCUAAGCAUUUGUAUAAGGGAGGCAGCCACCCUUCCAUCAUCCAGGUUUCUUUCUUGUACACAUCCUCCAGUGUUUGGAUUGUCUUAGUGUGUAAUCUAUGUUUGGUCUUCUUUUCUAGAUAGGGUGAACAAUAUUUUGACAAUAGGAGGAACAAGAGUGCUUUUGUUUGAAAUAAUGUUGAGAAAUAUGUUUGUCGUUGAAAUCGAACAUUGGACAUGCAUAUGCCUAACCCAUUCAAUUGUCAAUCGAGCCAUCUCUCGUUGGUGCUUUGAUGUAGGUUUAAAAGACACUUUGUGGUGUUAAAUUAUUAUGUUGUUGGCUUGUGGUCAGCUA